AUUCAGGUAGGGUUGUGCUAUUUGCACACCCCAGGUCUCAGUGUGCACAGGGCCCCUAUGCAAGGAGGAUUACCCAUUCAGGCUUCUACAAAGGUUUGGACCUUUUUCUUGACUAUGUUCAUCGUUUUUGAAUCCGCUUUCUAGAGUCAAAGAUGGUUCGGUAAAACGUUUUGGCCCGGCGCCCCACUAUUGGAGGGGGCGCUACAGCCGCCACCCCACUAUUGGCGGAGGCGCCACAGCCGCCCCUCCAAUAGGGGGGCGCCACUGGAUUUGGCCCUGGCUUUAAGCCAGGCCAAAGAGCACGAUCCUCGAUGGCUGUUCCUGCUGAAUUCUCAGCAAUGUCUUUUUCUAUACCAUCCAAAAUGAAGGCCUGGAUUUACUAUGAGUAUGGCGGCGUUGAGGUGUUGAAGUUCGAGUCCGAAGUUGCAGAGCCGGAAGUGAAGGAUGAUCAGGUCUUGAUCAAGGUGGUGGCUGCCGCUAUUAAUCCAUCUGAUUGCAAAAGGCGGCUCGGGCAAUUUAAGGACAUUUAUCCACCCCCUCCUACUGUUCCAGGAUAUGAUGUUGGUGGUGUGGUGGUUAAAGUUGGUAGUCAAGUAAAAGGCCUAAAAGAAGGAGAUGAAGUAUAUGGGGACAUAAAUGAGAGGUCGAGGGUACACGAACGACCUAAACAGUUUGGCGCAUUGGCCGAGUACACAGCUGUUGAGGAGAGAUUAUUGGCUCUGAAGCCGAAAAAUCUUGAUUUUGCACAGGCUGCUAGUCUCCCUGUGGCUAUUUUGACUGCUUAUGAAGGUCUUGAAAGUGCGGGAUUUUCUGCUGGAAAAUCCGUACUUGUAUUAGGUGGUGCUGGUGGAGUUGGUUCCCUUGUGAUCCAGAUUGCAAAACAAGUGUUUGGUGCUUCAAAGGUUGCUGCUACUUCAAGCACAGGAAAACUGGAACUUCUGAAAAGCUUGGGGGCAGAUUUGGCUAUUGACUACACAAAGGAGAACUUUGAAGACCUACCAGAAAAAUUCGAUGUUGUUUAUGAUGCUGUAGAGCCAGGAGAUAGGGCCGUGAAAGCAGUGAAAGAAGGCGGAAGUGUAGUAGUUAUAUCUGGGGCAGCAACACCACCUGGUUUUUUCUUUAGGGUAUAUUCGGAUGGAGAAAUAUUGAAGAAACUAAAUCCGUUUCUGGAGAGUGGGAAGGUGAAGCCGGUGCUCGACCCAAAGGGGCCAUACCCUUUCAACAAGGUUAAUGAAGCUUUUCGAUAUCUGGAAACGAACCGAGCCACUGGAAAGGUGGUCAUAUUUCCAAUCAAUCCAUGAUCAGCAACUAAGAAUACUAGGCCAAUUCUGGCUAAGAAUAUAUGAUAGUAAGAUGUUAAAGAGUAGCAAUACGGUUAUGAAUUUCUGAAUAAUUAUACAAUGUUGGAAAUCUUGUAGUUAAUGUUAAAAGUAUGUUGUGACUGGCGUGUAUAUUAGCUCAUGUAAAACAGAGAAUGAGAAAUAUGUGUCUUCUGCGUUUUUAUUACAUCUCCUUUUCUCGUUUU